UAACAUAAACAUAGAGCGAACAUUCAAUUUUAAGUAGUUUUGAGAUGAGAACUGUGUUCAGCACUUAUACAUCGUUAACUACUUUUGGAACUUCCGGUAACAAACUAACCAUAAUACGGUAAAACGUUACGGUUAAUACGGUAAUUUGGCCUCGCCCACGUCUCAGGAAGUGAACAGUGAAUGCACAGUUUCUGCAAGGGUAGAAAGCUGUCAACACCUGAACUCCUGUUGUAAAUAAAAGUAGCAAAAAUCAAUCAGUUCUUGUUUGAAGUGGUGAGCGACGAUAGAAGAUGUUCUCCCCGCGGGUCCUUAAAUCGGCAUCGUCCGUAGUGUGCAGGGGGUUUUCAAUGGGUCAGAUGUCUAGACAAGGGAAGGCUCCGGACAUGGCUGAAGGAAACACAUAUUUGCUUGUGAGCAAUGUUCGCAACAGGCUUAGGGAGAUAGUUGGAGCAUCCACCAACUGGAAAGAUCACCAGCAAGCAUUGGCCGAGCGUUCGUCACUAAGCCAGUAUCUUGCUAAAAGUCAGGAAGAACUGCCUACGAGGACAAUGAAGGACAGUGAAAUUGAGGUUCACCUACCUCUAGGUACCAAGCCUGAGUUGAGAGAGAAAUACCUCAACUUUCACAACAGCGUCAGGUUUGGCCGGAUUUUGGAAGACUUGGACAGUUUAGCAGUGCUCAUUUGUUACUCCCACACAUGGAAUAAAGACCUGAAUCGAUCACCGCUUUCUAUUGUCACUGCCCUAGUGGACAAAAUCGACAUGAGAAAACAUAUCAUCUACCCAGACUGUGACAUCAAGUUCAAAGGUCAUGUGACAUGGGUUGGCAAAACCUCAAUAGAAGCUAAAAUGCACAUGACUCAGUACCAUGAUGGGGUGUACACUGACGUGUUAGAUGCCACAUUUGUAAUGGUGGCCCGAGAUCCAGAAAACAAAAGGGCAGCUUUCAUCAACCCUUUGAAACCAGAUGGGCCGGAGGAAGAGGCGAUUUUUCAACAGGGAGAGAUUAACAAGAAGAGGCGGGUGGAGUUGAGCACGGCCUCUCUUCUUAAAGUGGCCCCUACAGCUGAGGAGAGAACCCUCAUUCACAACCUGUUCCUUAACACUUUGGACCCAAGAACUAUUAGUUUUCGGGGUAGAACACUGCCACCUAACUCAGUGUGGAUGGAAGAUGCCAAAAUGAAAGGGCUAGAGAUUUGCCAUCCACAGGAAAGAAAUAUCUUCAACCGGAUAUUUGGUGGUUUUCUAAUGAGAAAGGCUUAUGAACUUGGCUGGGCCAAUGCUUGUGCAUUUGCUGGUUGCAGGCCAUCCCUGGUGGCUGUAGAUGACAUUGUAUUCCGAAAACCAGUCGAAAUUGGUUCCCUGCUGUUGCUUUCCUCGCAGGUUUGCUAUACAGAAGGGACACACGUUCAAGUCAGAGUUCACACAGAGGUCCUCGACCCUUUGACCCGGCAGCACAGCACCACCAACGUGUUUCACUUCACUUUCCGUGUCGAGAAGGAUGUCUCAGCGGUUGUACCACAAAGCUAUGGAGAGUCAAUGCUUUACCUGGAUGGAAAGAGGCACUUUGAUGAGACCAUGAGGAGUCUGAGCUGAGCAUUAUCGGAUAUGCUGAUAAAAUGAGAUUCCUGCUAUAGCCAAAUGAGUGUCAGUUCCGUAAAUGUGGAUACCAUUUUAUUUGAACACAUAUUAUUUACAUUGCCUUCUGCACUUAUGCAUUUAACUAUUUGUCUAUUUACUUAUUGUUUUAUUGCAGUUUUACAGUGGGCACUUUAGGAGAAGGGUGUUAUUAUUUGGUUGUUUGUUAAAGGGUCGAGGUAUAUUUUGUUUUUUCAUCUGCCGUCUCUUGCACAAUAGAGCGUUUAAGCCUUUCUGAGUAUUCUCCAUUGACUGUUAUGCUGGAUGAACACAUUUGCUGCAUACUCACUAGUGAAUGCCUCUUUUAGUGUAUUUAAUCUGACUGUUUAGGUUUAGAAAACCCACCCUGCGUCCUAAUUUGCAUACUAUUCGUCCUAAAUAAUAUUCAGAAUUAAAAUGUGUAUGUUCUAAAUCAUAGUGUAGAAGUGCUGAUCCAUACACAUACUAACACAUUGUGAGAGGUUAGAGUUUAGUGAUGCUACAAUAAUGAACAAAUACAAAAAAGUAUGAUUAGUAGGUGAAUUGGGAUGCAGCACCAGGCUUUACACAGAGUUUUUUGGAUGACAGAUAGACGACCGAUGUAUAUUCUGUGUUUCAUGGGUUAGGAGUUUAGGCUAUAUCAGAAGAGAUUUAUAUGCAUGUGUUGGAAUGUUGAUAAUUUUGUUUGUAGGAAAACAAGCUCUUCUCAGUAGCCUCAUUACAAUUUUGUUAAAGAAAAACUGAAGUUCUCUUGUUUGCUACAGUAUUUGCUCACUUUUCUAUGAUGUAAGUGGAACAGACAUCCAUUGAAAUUCAGAAAAAAUAUUUCAGUAUGAGGUUGACCUGUUAAGCUUCCAUAUGAAUGUCCAGAUUAACAUUGUACGUGUUCAAGUACUUGUUCAAUCACUACCUGUGCCAGACUGACAAAAACCUGACAAAUGAAUUCAUUUCUUUCACAUUUACAUUUAUCCAUUUGGCAGAUGCUUUUAUCCAAAGUGACUUACAAGUAGGAGAGCAUAUAAACAUUUUGUCAACACGCUAAACAGUACCUUUUAAAUGAACAAAAGGUAUUUAUCAACGUUUAUGUAAAUAUAUGUUUAUAAACAUUUCUUAAAAUACUUUGUUUUAUGAGUAGUUUUUUGUAAUUUCCUACAAUUUGAACACAAUAUAAAUGUUUAUUCACAUAUGUAUUGGCGGACUAACAUCAUUUGUUUGUGAGUGACAGAGGCUACAUAGUCAGUUCCCUAAAUUUUAUCUGUAAUGUCUGAAUAUGAUGUUUUAUUAAAUAUUUUAUUUAUAAUAUUAAACGUAUGUUUAACUCUU